UAUUAGCUCUUGGAAAGAAUUUUGGAAUAUAGCAUGUCAGCGCUGGAGGUCUCCUAAGAGGUCACAGAGUCUCAAUUCCACAUGUUUUCUAUGUCUGACUAGCACUUUAACACAGUUCCUUAUAUAUAGAUGCAGAACUUGGGACAUAACCACCAGUUCAACAAAUGUGCCCUAGUCUUCCUUUGAGGAAAAAGGCACCUAGUCUGGACCAAAAACAAAACAAAAACAUGGAGGACACUGUGAUAGGGACAUAUAUACAAAUUUAAGACAAUCUCUGCCCUCGAAGAGCUAAAAUUUUAUGAGAGGAGCAAGAACGACUCAUACACAGGAUGACUUCAAUUUGGGGACCUGAAGACAACUCUAGCAGAAUUGCUUUUAACAAGCAACUGACCAAUGGUGUUUUCUCAAGGACCAUUUUGAACUAUGGCUUUGGGACUAAGGUGCUUCCGUUGGGUGCAGCCUGGAUUUUACAACUCUCUUUCAGUCUUGACAAGGCCUGUUUUAGAAGUUGGGAUGAGGAGUACAGGUAUAACCUGGAAUGAUUGCCAGCAGAGUGGGGCCUGUUCAACUGUAAUGAUCCGACAUUUUGCUACCAAGAAAGCCAAAGCCAAAGGUAAAGGACAUCCCCAGACCAGAGUCAAUAUUAAUGCAUCCUUGGUGGAGGACAUAAUCUGUCUGGAAGAGGUAGAUGUGGAGAUGAAGUCUGUGGUAGAAGCCCUUAAGGAUAAUUUCAACAAAAAUCUCAACAUAAGGACUUCUCCAGGGUCUCUGGAUCACAUAACUGUGACAACUGGUGAUGGGAAGUUUGCUCUAAAUCAUAUCGGCCAAAUCUCCCUGAAAUCGCCCCAGCUGAUUUUAGUAAACAUGACCAAUUUCCCAGAGUUCCCUGGUACCAGGAGUGGACACAGUUUGCUAUUCAGCCUGAUCAAAGCAGUCUGCACCAAUUGUACAGCUGCAGCUAUCAAGGCCAUAAGAGAAAGUGGAAUGAAUCUGAACCCAGAAGUCGAUGGGACAGUAAUUCGGGUGCCAAUUCCCAAAGUUACAAGGGAACACAGAGAAAUGCUGGUCAAGCUUGCAAAACAGAACACAAACAAGGCUAAGGAUAACUUGAGAAAAGUGCGGACCAAUGCAAUGAAUAAAUUGAAGAAAUCCAAGGACUCAGUGGCCGAAGAUACAAUUAAACUAAUAGAAAAACAGAUUGGACAAAUGGCAGAUGACACUGUAGCUGAGAUGGACAAGCAUUUGGCAUUGAAGACCAAGGAACUCCUGGGAUAAGAAGGAUAUUUCUGAUGAGGCCAGCUGUGGGAAGUCUGCAGAAACGAUGGUGCCCUAGCUUGCAGUUCAGGGCCAGAGCCUCAGAGAUUUGGCAGUUUGACUGCAUUCUUCUUUUGAGUUUCUUGUGUUUCUUUUAGGAGAUGUCGUUUUUGGAUGUUUUCAAGUCACACGGUUGUCUCCUGUCACCACAACAUCAGUCUGUGUGUAGGACUGGACCAUUAUAACUCUUAGCUGACCUUGAUGUGGGCUGUUUUCAUGCUGGGCCUAUCAGCAGGGAUAGCCUCCAUUAAGUAAAUACCUAUGAUUAUAAAAAUAUACUCCCGCGAGGCUCAGUUACCUUCAUUUGAUGUCCUGAGGGAGCAGUAAUAAGAAUAUUUAAUAUGAGUUUAUUUUGCUUCUUUUGAAUGAGAGAGUACAUAAUCACUUCUGAGGUUGAACUCCAUGUUAGGUGUUGUAGAACUUUUCCUAUAAUUCAUUUUCUGAAGGCAGGCCUCAAUUUUAAAUGACCCUGAUAUUUUGCCUCCAGCAGGUUUUCAUUGAUGAAUGAGGCCUAAAUAAAAUGGAAUGAAUAGAAACAACCAACAAGGAUAAAAUGUUUCAUUUCCUUUUCUUCUCACCCACUAGCAUUUGCCUUGAACUACUCAUGUUCCAGUAUUUGAAAACAAAAACAAUUGGAGUGGUCUACCUUCAGAAAUUCAGUUGAGUUAGAAGCAUAGAAAAAGAAGAUUUUAGAGCUGGAAGAGACUUUAGAAAUAAUAUACAUAGAAACAUUUCUUGAGACAGGUUAAAUGAAUUGUCCAGCUUACUGAAUCUAUGUUUGCCAAAGGAUAAAAUUGCCUGGGAGAAAACAAGAGGCUCAUGCUUGGAACAGAAAUGUUCAAACUCAGAAUCACAGAGUGCUAGACCUGAACAGGUCCUUAGUAUGAACAACAUUGGAACUGAAAAGGAACAGAACACAGUGUUAGAACAAAGAAUAUAGAAUGUUAGGUUUGUGAGAGAGGUUAGAAUGGAUUGAAUUUUAAGAGAAAAUAGAAUCUUAGAACCUUAAGGCCCCCUUAGAGCUCAUCAAGCCCAGCUUCUUCAUUUUAUAGAGGAGGGAACCAAGGCUCAGAGGGGUUGGGUGCCUUGCUAGAAUGUGUCUGAGGCAGGAUUUAAACUUGGGUCACAUCAUGCUUUUAGUGGAGCCCCACCAGUCUUAGGGCAAGUAUAAUUUCUUCCCACAGCCCACACGGUGAAUGCUUUCUGUUGAUUAUCACAACUAACUAAGACAUGUUCCUCCCAAAAGGAUCUGAUGUUUUAAUGACUUACAAGCUCAUAUGACUCUGUACUAUUGUGAUAUGGUGGCAAAAAAGGCUAAUAAAAUCUUAGACCACAUUAAGAAA